AUGGUUAUCUCUGAUGAGAACAAGUCCAACUCCGUCUUGCCCAGGAAUUUCGAAGGAGGGUUGGAUAAUAUGGUUACCAGAAAGGUUGGGCAGAAUAGAAGAGCAUUGAGCGGCAUCAAUCAGAAUCUAGUGCAAGGCGGAUUGUUACCUUGCGUUGUUAGCAAGAGGGUGUUGUCUGAAAAACAUGGGACUUUUGAAAAGAAGCCAGCGGAUCCAGUGCAUCGACCCAUCACAAGGAGGUUUGCUGCACAAAUUGCUAGCUCACAGCAAUCUUGCGCCGAGGAAACUAAGAAGUCAAACCCGUCAAUGUCAAAUCUGAAUGUGAUUGGAAACUCUAUUUCCUUGGAUGAUGCACACAAGUUACCAGAAGACCAACCAGUGCCCAUGUCUUUAGAGCAAACAGAACCACCAAUGCACAGUGAUUCAGAUGAGAUGGAAGAAGUAGAGAUGGAGGAUAUAGUUGAAGAGCCUCUUAUGGACAUUGAUAGCUGUGAUGCAAAUAAUCCUCUUGCAAUAGUGGAAUAUAUUGAAGAUCUUCAUACUAACUACAGAAAAUUUGAGGGUAUUAGCUGUGUCUCCCAAAAUUAUAUGGCACAACAACUUGACAUCAAUGAAAGGAUGAGGGCUAUACUAAUCGACUGGCUUAUUGAGGUGCACGACAAAUUUGACCUCAUGCAAGAGACAUUGUUUCUUACAAUUAAUAUCAUAGACAGAUUUUUGGCAAAACAAACAGUGGAAAGAAAGAAGCUUCAGUUGGUUGGUCUGGUUGCCAUGCUUUUGGCAUGCAAGUAUGAGGAAGUUUCCGUGCCUGUGGUUGGUGAUCUAAUCCAUAUAUCAGACAGAGCUUACACAAGGAAGGAAGUUCUUAACAUGGAAAAGUUUGUGCUGAAUACAUUGCAGUUUAACAUGUCUGUACCAACAGUAUAUGUUUUCAUGAGAAGGUUUCUAAAGGCAAUUCAAGCAGACAAAAAACUUGAGUUACUAGCUUUCUUUUUGGUAGAGCUAUCUCUGGUAGAAUAUGAGAUGGUGAAGUUCCCCCCAUCUUUGAUAGCUGCAGCUGCAGUCUACACAGCUCAAUGCACAUUCAAUGGUUUCAAAGAGUGGAGUAAGACAUGUGAAUGGCAUACAAAAUACUCAGAAGAUCAGCUAUUAGAGUGCUCUACUGAAAUGGUUGCGUUACACCAGAAGGCUGGGAUAGGAAAACUCACUGGGGUACAUAGGAAGUAUUGCUCAUCUAAAUAUGGCUAUACUGCAAAACAUGAACCAGCAUGUUUUCUUCUGAAGAACUAA